CCGCGACCAAGGCUUCCAGGCUUCCAUCGCCUGCCUGGACUUCCCGCGGCAAUAUUGAGUCAGGCCCGAACUCAAGUGUAACAUAACUCUUGCAACCACCUUCACCUCAUAUUUCUCUUUUUCACUUCUCUCAUUUCGAUCUAGACUCCUCUCAUUCGACAAGUUCGCUGCCAUGCCCGACAUUCGCAGCUUCUUCGCCCCGAAAAGCGGUGCCCCCCCGCCUAAGCCAGCGGCGAAGAAGGAGGAACAGACAAAGAAACCUCGAGUCAAAGGACGCAAGGUUGUCGAAGACAGUGACGACGAAGAGGUUAUCGAAACCAAGAAGCCAACCAGGACCUCGCCGAGAAAGAGGGCACCUGCUCCUACUGCCGUGAAGGGCGAAGAAACCACUGCCGCCAAAUACUUUGCGGCAUCUAAGCCGAAGCCAAACGCCACGUCAUCUACGCCAAAACCAGCGUCCAAAACCCACCCAGCUUCUGGUACCGAGGUCCGCUUGAGCCCUAGGACCAAGCCAACAGGUACAGAACCAGCAUCUGAAGCGGCGAAUCCGAAGCAAAACGGAACCAAAAAGAAGCCCAUCACUAGUUACAAAAAGUACGAUGCGGAUGAUGAUGCGUUUCUGGACGACGACGACGAGGACGCGGGAGAUGACAUCUUCGCGGCGGAGGUGAGGGGUGGUAACAAGCGAAAGAACGACGAUUACGUCGAAGAAGAGAGCGAAGAAGAAUUUCUCCCCAAGCCAAAGAGAGUGGCUUCGCGUUCUGGAAAACCUGUGGGGGUCGGCGACGAGGAAGCGAACGGAGACGAGGUGAAGGCGACACCGAAGGCAACCGUCAAAGAGGCUCCGGCCAAAAAGCGCAAGACCCCAACCUCGGACAGCGAUGAGGACGAUGAUGAUGUCAAGCCUGCGAAGAAGGCAGCAAAGCCCCGCGCUCCGAGGGCGAAGAAGCAACCUGAGCCUGAGUCAGAUGAUAUCCAGGCUAUUCUUGAUAAUGUUCCUACAGUUAAGGCCCCCGACGCUCCGCCACCAGACCCGAACGCCAAAUUCGACUGGCGGAAGGCGGCUGCAGGAGGCGGCCAUACUGGGCCACCUCCAAUGGCCGGGGCUGCCGAAAUACCCGAAGGCGCGGAGGACUGUCUAUUGGGCAAAACCUUCGUUUUCACUGGCAUGCUCAAGACACUUAGCCGCGAAGAGGGUCAAGCUCUGGUCAAACGGUACGGAGGCAAAGUCACGGGCGCACCGAGCAGCAAGACAGACUUUGUCGUCCUUGGAGAUGAUGCCGGACCCAGCAAGCUGAGAAAGAUCAAGGAGCAUGGGAUCAAGACGAUUGACGAGGAAGGCCUGUUUUACCUCAUCAGGACGAUGCCCGCUCACGGUGGUAGUGGUAAGCAGGCCGGGAAGGCUAAGCAGAAGCAGGAGGCUGAAGAGAAGAAGAUCCGAGAGGAGGCAGCCCGGAUGGAGAAGGAAGAGCAGGAACGCAAGGCUGAGGCCGAGAAGGAGGCGAAAAAGGCUGCCGCGGCCCGCGGUGCCCCUACUCCAGCCCCAACCCAGCCGCUGUCACAGCUGUGGACGACCAAGUAUGCUCCCACCCAGCUCAGUCAGAUCUGCGGCAACAAAGCGAACGUCGAGCGGAUACAGAACUGGCUCAGGAAAUGGCCAAUAUCCCGCAAGUACGAUUUUCAGAAGAGAGGCGCCGACGGCAUGGGCGGGUACCGUGCGAUCAUCAUCUCUGGCCCUCCCGGAAUCGGCAAGACGACAGCUGCUCAUCUUGUCGCCAAGCUUGAAGGCUACGACGUUCUCGAGAGCAAUGCCAGCGAUACCCGCAGCAAGAAGCUUGUCGAGGGCGGCGUCAGCGACGUGCUCAACAAUACGUCGCUGAUGGGCUACUUUGCCGGCGACGGCAAGAAAGUCGACGUCAGCAAGAAGAAGAUUGUCCUCGUGAUGGACGAGGUCGACGGGAUGUCAGCAGGCGACCGCGGCGGUGUUGGCGCCCUCGCCAAGUUCUGCAAGAAGACGGAGGUGCCCCUCAUCCUGAUCUGCAAUGAGCGGAGGCUGCCCAAGAUGAAGCCCUUCGAUCACGUCGCCUUCGACAUCAAGUUCCAGCGCCCGACUGUUGAUCAGAUCCGGUCCAGGAUCAUGACCAUCUGUCACAGAGAGGGUCUCAAGAUCCCCCCUCAGGUCAUCAACGCGCUCAUUGAAGGCAGCGGCAAGGACAUUCGCCAGAUCAUCAAUAUGCUGUCCACCGCAAAGUUGGAUCAGACAACGAUGGACUUCGACCAGAGCAAGGAUAUGACCAAGGCUUGGGAGAAGCACGUCGUCCUCAAGCCUUGGGAUAUCUGCCAAAAGAUGAUUGGCGGCGGCCUUUUCAGCCCAGCGAGUAAAGCGACGUUGAACGACAAGAUCGAGCUCUACUUCAACGACCACGAGUUCAGUUUCUUGAUGAUUCAAGAGAACUAUCUCCGGUCGAAACCAGCGGCAUUGAACGGCAACAACUACCCUGCUAGGUUGCAGAACCUCAAAUGGCUGGAAUUGGUUGAUCAGGCGGCUGAAAGCAUCAGCGACGGUGACCUGGUUGACCGCAUGAUCCAUGGCCCGCAACAACACUGGAGUCUGAUGCCGGCGCAUGCAGUCUUCAGCACCGUCAGGCCGUCGAGUUUCAUUGCAGGCAUGUUCAGGGAGCAGCCCGUGUUUACAAGCUGGCUCGGCAACAACAGCAAGUAUGGGAAGCUCGGCCGCUUCGUCCGCGAGAUCCAUUCCCACAUGCGCCUCAAGUCGUCGGGUGACCACAACGAGAUCCGGCAGCAGUAUCUGCCCGUGCUCUGGCACCAGCUGAUCAAGCGACUGGAGCUGGAGGGCAAGGAUGCUGUCGAGGACGUUAUCAAUCUGAUGGAUAGCUACUACCUCACCCGCGAGGACUUUGAUAGCAUCAAGGAACUCGGGGUCGGACCUCAGUCCGAAGAGACGGUGCAGCUCGAUACGCAGACCAAGGCGACAUUCACCAGGCUGUAAGUUCUCCAUUUGCCCAC